AUGACAUCAACCGGUCAUCUUUCUGUUUCCUUUUCAAUAUUCCAUUUAGCACUAUAUUGUGGCGAUGUGCUAGCAAAACAGCAUGUGAAAGAUCCGCAAUGUUUAUGGACUCCCUGGUCAUCAUGUACAGUAACAUGCGUGAGUAGAGGGUCAAGUUCAGUCUAUUCCCAACAAUGGCAACGAUUUAUUUGCAACAAUGUGGAUAAGUCGAACAAUAAUUUUUCCACUUCCAUAGCAAAAUUUCGUUCCUGUUCCUAUAUGAUACCUUUGUGUCUAUCAGAUGAAGGUUUCUCAGUAUCAUUCCAGAAUUAUUUCUUUUUGGCAAUAUUUUUAGCUUGUAUAUUGCUAACAUUUUUGCCAAACAUGAUUCUGGGUCUACAUUACACGCAAGUCUGGUUUUGGAAAAGUCGAAAAUCUGAACAGAAAAACCAUGUAAGGAGUAGCAGUGCACAAAAAUCUACAUUUGACUAA